GCGAGAGGCACGGCCGUGCCUCUCGAAAACAUCUUUCGGAAAGGAAAAAUAAACAUGCUCCCGGUUUGGUUUUUUCAUCCAUUUUUUUGUUAAAAAAAUUCGUCAAAACCUAUAAAUAUUGGAUCUAGUUUUCUAGAUCUCGACGCAAGGAAUCCGACGGUGGAAACGAUUCGAGAUUUGGACGCAUGGUUUAAGAGUUAAAACGUCUUGAAUAACAGAUCUACAAAAAAAAAUGAAAACUGUUAUGUUGUGACUAGUGGCGCACAUGUCGUGCGCCAGUUGUCGCAACCUGGGAGACAAGUGUGAUCUUUGGAAGGAGUACUUCUCAAUUCGUAAUUCUGGGAUAGAGAGGACUUGAUCACAGAGUUGGUGGGCUUCGGGCUAGUAGCAAAUUGACUGACUCAAAUAUAGGGUCCGUCAAAAGAAAAAACAAGCCUAGGGAGCGCCGGCGGCGUUUUGGUUCUUUCAACUUGUCCUUUAUUGGCAUUAGGUGUAGUGGAAAGUUUAGUCCCAUCCCACUAGUGGAGAAAGAGUUGGACCUCUUUAAAAGGGAUGUUCUUCCACAUGCUAUUGGAGUUUGAGAAUAGAAGAGGCUCUCGCGCACUCCUCCUCCGCCGCCCGCCUCGCCUCGUCGCGCGGCGCGGCGCGGCGGGAAUGAUCCGAGCUGAGCUCACACCAACGCGCUUAUUUUUCCUGCGGUGUCUCCUAACCCUAGCCGCCACGAACAGAUCACAUCUGUUCCACACGCAUGCCCACCGUCGUUCCUUCUGCUGCUGCUGUUGCCGGUGACUCCAUCCCGUCCGCCGCGUGCACGAUCGACGGGAUAGCAGGUCUGCAAAACCCCUUCUCUCCGGUUCCUGUAUGGGAGAGAGGCGGAUAGGUUUUUGGGAAACGACUACGCGAGUGCUCGAUGUUCGUCUACUUCCUCUAUGUCCGCUUCGCCCUCAUCAUCACCAUGUCUACCGACGCCGAACGUGCCGCCGCCGAGAAAGUUGAAGCCGACAAGAAGGCCGCCCAGGAUGCUGCUGCCGCCACCACCGUCGCGGCCUCUGCAUGGCCUACUGGAGGGUAUAACUCGUUUAUUCCGCUCCUAUUGUUUUCUGUUUUCGCCAUGCUAGCGUUUACGUAGAUCUUUUUGUAAUUAGCGUAGUAUGUGCUUGCUUCACUGAAUAUCAGUAUGCGUUUAUUUGUGUCAAUGCUAUGGUAGUGAUUUACUCAUGGAUUAAGUUAAUCAAAAAUUGCCUAUUUAAUUAGCAAUGAACUCAGCGUGGAUGCCAAUUGUGAAGGGAUUUUAAUACGCUGAGCAGGCUUGACCCGUUCAUGGCUUCUUCCCCCUGUUGUGGUACCUUGAUUGCCGUCCGUAGAAGGUAUGCACCCCGAACGACUCGUUCCACACGAUUUGCCCAGCUCGUUCGAUCGCCGUAUCCGUAUGCUUAUAUCAUGCCAGUGCUGACCAUUUUCUGCCGUCUGGACUAUUUUCUUUCUGCUCAACCAUUCUCAGUCCAGGACAUGAAGAGAAUAGCCCACACUCACCUCGCCGGCAGUGUCGCACUCUUCCUGCUGGCAGCUACCACCAUUCCCUCGACGACGGUUGCCUUGGUGUCCUCCUCGGACGGCCAAGCCCUUCUGGCAUGGAAGGCCAGCCUCGGCAACCCGACCGCGCUCUCCAACUGGUCCCAGGCCACAUGGGCGUGCGCCUGGGAUGGCAUUGUCUGCUACCAGGAGCGCAUCAUCUAUCUAAGGCUCGUGGGACGCGGUCUCUCUGGCGGGCUCGACACGCUCGACACUGCAGCGCUCCCCGACCUCGUCUCUCUGGACCUCAGUGGGAACAACCUCGGCGGCGCCAUCCCAGCCAGCAUCUCGGGGCUGAGGUCCCUCAUAACACUCGACCUCAGCAGUAACAGGUUCAACGGUUCCAUCCCACCACAGCUCGGCGACAUGCCCUACCUUGCAGAUAUCCGGCUCUACAACAACAGCCUGGUCGGCGCCAUCCUACACCAGCUCUGCAGGCGCCUCUCCCUGGUGGCACUGCACAUCUCGAACAACCGGCUCACCGGGGAGCUUCCAGGCUGCUUGUGCGACUUGCAGUCUAUGUGGUAUAUGGACUUGUCAAACAAUCGGUUCGCAGGGAAGCUGCCGGACCGCUGGUGGAACUUGCGGGCUCUUGAGUUCAUGGAUCUAUCCAACAACUCCUUUUCAGGUAAAAUCCCUGCGGCUAUGGCGAACCAGAGUUGCUCUCUUCGAUCGCUUUACCUUGCUAGAAAUGGCUUCUUCGGUGUCUUCCCGCCAGUCCUAAUGAGUUGCAACUUGCUGGCCACCCUGGACAUCGGGUAUAAUAGGUUUUUUGGUGCUAUCCCUCCAUGGAUUGGGAGUCAAAUUACAUCCUUGAAAAUUCUUAGCCUCAAAUCAAACAACUUCACCGGAGAAAUUCCUUCAGGAUUAUCACGGCUUUCGCAACUUCAGUUGCUCAACAUAGCCAACAAUAGCUUGACCGGCUCGAUUCCUAUAGCCUUCGGCAGCUUGACCUCAAUGAGGAAUCCACAAAAUAUUUCAAAUACAGAACUACUCUACGGGACAAGAUACAAUGAUAAACUCGUCAUAAUCUGGAAGGGUCAGGAGCAGAUUUUCCAAAGAACAAUCCGGUUAUUAGCCGGUAUGGAUUUGUCGGGUAAUCUGUUGUCUCAGUGUAUCCCUACAGAGCUAACCAACCUUCGGGGCCUCCGGUUUCUGAACCUGUCAAGAAACAAUCUGUCAUGCGGCAUCCCUAAAAACAUUGGUAGUUUGACUUUUCUCGAGUCCCUUGAUCUAUCUUCUAAUGAACUUGCUGGAGCAAUUCCUCCAAGCAUAUCAAGCUUAUUGGCGCUCGGCGCGUUGAAUGUCUCGAACAAUCAUUUGUCGGGCAAGAUACCCGCUCGGAGUCAGAUGCAGACUCUGACCGACCCAUCAAUUUACUCCAACAAUUCUGGACUAUGUGGGUUUCCUAUAGACAUUCCGUGCACAAAUGCUUCGCUUGCAUCGGACAAUAGAAAUGGUAAAGAGGAUGACUGCUAGAUGUACUACUGUGUGAUUGCUGGGGUAGUGUCUGGUUUUUGCUUGUGGUUUGGCAUACUCUUUACAUUUAAGACUUGGAGAUGUGGUUUUGUCUCAUUUGUUGAUGGCAUGCAACGUAAGUUUAUCAAGAAGGUGUCAGAUUAGUUGUGUACUUGUGUUCUCUAUUUCAUUAUGCCAAGAGAGAAUGUAUGCAUAGUUGUGUACAGAGUAAUCUUUAAAUAAAAAGAUCACAUUCGGGAUCUAGUAAGAUGCAAUCAGUUUUAGCAAGAUGUGGCAUGUACAUAACAUUCCAUGUAUCUUUUGUGUGUGUGCAAUGCAGCAUAUACGACAGGCUUGAAGUUACUCCCUCACAAAAAAAAACUAUGGGGAGAAUAUCAUACGGAAACCAAUAUUCGGUGUAAUCCGGUGAAAGUGAUGAUUUGAAGUAUCAAAAAAAUCUCAAAAAAUUAUGGGAUUUUAAGAGGGUGAUGUUCUACUGGCAUGCAAAAUUUCAAGUUCAAACACAUCACAGGAUAUGAGCUAUGAAAAAGACAAAAUCAGUAUUGAAUAGUGUAGAACAGUAACGCCACUAUUCAUUGAUGAAUUUAUCUUUUUCAUAACUGGCAUCAUGUAAUGUGUUUUAAAUUGAAAUUUCAUAUGACAAUAGAAAAUCAUCCUCUUAACAUCCCUUAAUUUAUUCAGAUUUCAAUAGAAAUUUUUAGCGUGGUUUCCACGAAGUUUUGUUUGAAUGUUGGUUUUCGUAUGAUAUUCUCCCCACAAGAAAUACUAGGCACAUAUCAUACCAAAACUUUGGUUCUUUUGUUUUGCGACAAAACUACCAAUCUAUUCAUCAGCUGUCAAGGUAGUACAAAGAACAACCAGAAGUAAAAAAUAUAUCCAGGUCCGUAGAUCACCUAGUGACGACUACAAGCACUGGUUAUUAGCCGGUAUAGAUUUUCGGGUAAUAUGUUGUCUCAGUGUAUCCCUACAGAGCUAAACAACCAUCGGGGCCUCCGGUUUCUGAACUCAGUAAUCAUGAACAAGAUAUAAGAAAAUACUAACAGCACAAUAAUGAUAAUAUCUCUUAGUAAUUCAUAAGUUGGGUCUAUCCAACAACAUUGUUUUGCCAACAAUGUGUUCUCAUUAUUAAUAGCAUACAUGUUGCUCCUAAGUAUUCUCAUGAUCAGAAAAACAAGAUCAUCAAUCAAUACAUGAGCUAGUUCUAGAGGCAUGACUAGGGAUCAUCUUGGUGUUCAUGUUUCCGCACAUGCAUUUGGUUUUCCUUCGAAUCUCAUA